AACAACCCGAGGCCAUGAAUACCCGAGCCAAGUCGAACCCAAGCGAAAAGGAAAUCUCUGACAUCAGUGAGUCUAUAACAUCUAUAAAACUACAACUCAAGAAGCUUGAUCUACUCGAGCAACUGACUACUGAUGUAAAAGAACUGAAGCACUCUGUGGAGUUUAACAACUCACUCAUCGAGGUGCUAAAGGCUGACAAUUCGUCACUUCGGACUGAAGUAAACCACCUCAAACAUUUGACAGCCGAACUACAAAGAGACAAAGUCAACAAGGCAAACUCCAUUCUUGAUCUGCAGUGCCGAAGUAUGAGGGAUAACAUCAUUAUACACGGACUUACAGAAACAAAAGAUGAAACUCACCGGAGAUCAGAAGAACUUGUCAAAACAUUUCUUGUCAACGAAUUGAAAAUGAAGCCUGAGGACGUCGGAGCUGUUCGCUUCUCCAGAGUACAUCGCCUCGGGAGGACCAGAACCGACCAACAGAGGAGGCUCCGUCCCAUUGUGGCUAAAGUCGUUGACUCAAAGAUGAAGUCUGCCGUCAUGUCGAGGGGCAGAGAGCUAAAAGGCUCUAACUACUCCAUCAGCGAUCAGUUCCCUCCGGAGAUCAUGAACAGAUGGAGGCUGCUUCACCCGAUCAUGGCCGAGGCAAGGAAAGCCAAAAAGACCGCUCGACUGUUCAUUGACUAGCUUUACAUCGAGGGCAAACUGUACAGGAACCCCCGAACAACUUAUUGGCUGAGUGGAGGAGAUGGAGACAUUAAUUCUGAACUCCAAGAAGAACUGUCUGCCAACUUGCAACAUGCCGCCUCCCCCCAACUGUAAACACAGGCGCGUGAUGAUGACGUCAUCAAAAACAGCGUCCAUGUUGUCAUGACAACCACUGAACCUGGAGACGGUGAAUGGCUUAUUUCGCUCUUUCUCUCCCCAUCUCACCACUCGCCCCCCUCUUUUUCCUCUUUUCCUCUCUCUUACAUUUAUUUUCUCAUUUUUGGCUUGGGAAC